CUUCCCAACACUGUUUAAACAUCUGGGCACACUAGCAGAUGACGCUCAAAUUUUAGCGGAAAAACUCAAAAAAGAAUAACUGCAACAUAAACGUGUGUCCCGCAUUAACUCCGUAGCUUCAAAAAUAAAUUAAAACGCACACAAGCCAAACAAGAUGCCACGCACCAAGUUACCAAAGAAUUCGAAGCGUAAUCGCGAGGUGGCCAACCGCGAAGAGAAGCUUCGCCUCUACGAACUGAAGCUAGAGUCCAGAUUAAUGGAAAUCGACUCGCUGGAGUCGAAAUACUUGGCCUUGGUGGAUGAGCACAUCAAGAAACUACAGGGACAACUGCAGCAGGAGCUGCGCGACAUGAAAAUGCCAGAGGCUCUGCUGCUCUUUGAGCAACUGGACCACUUUAGCGACUACAAGGCCAGCGACCAAACCCAACUGCUCGCAUCCUCAUCCACCGUGAGCAACACAACAGGCGGUACGGGUACAGGCAAUCGCAAUGACGAAGGCUACCUUACAGAGGACAGCAGCCUGGGAGCGAGCGGCAGUAGCAUGCUUUCCGGGCCCAUUGGCUCCAUGAUGCGAUCUGCAAAGGCAAUGCGUACUCCGGGACCGCUGCAAUCAGUCAGGUCCCGUAGAGCACGGAGGAGUCGUUCCGCCUGUGGAGAACUUAAUGUUCUGCGCUCUGCCAAACCGGCGCCUACUCCCAACUGCAGUGGAGCCUCUACCAACCGCCUGUCGAGGAGCAAGAUGCGAACCCCGAUGGCCUCGCGCACAAAGGCCUUCAGCGCCGAUCGCACACCCCUGGCCCAGAAGCAGAUGCGCAGCGGAUCUCCCUCAACGCCGCCAAUGGCCUUCUUGCGUUAUCCCAAGCCGGGUGAGAUCGCCCUUUCCAAGUGCGGUAGUCCGAUGGUGGCCCAAGUGAUGCCGGACAAGUUUGCCAAUGUUAACAUACCCAUUCGGAACGGAGUCCUGAGUCUGCGGCCAAAGAAACUGGAUGCCGACGAAGUAGAAGCGAAUCUGCUGGAGAACCUGGACGAGGACACUUUAAACCAGAUCAAAACGCUGCACGAGAACUUGCAGAUGAUCGUAAAUAAGGCCAACAUGGUGGGGUUAAAAUAGUUGCCAACUCAAAAGCAUAUAUAGACAAUUCACUAUCAUAUAUUUUAAGUAUUAGGCGUUUAAGUUAUAUUUUGUCUUUCUUAUAUAUUUUAUUUUCAAACCAUAUAUUAAAAUUCUAUAACGUAUACGUAAGCUUAAAUAAAUGUUCGUCUGCAAUAAGUGUACAUGAAAUUCAAAA